AUGGCUGUAAGACCCAGACCGAAAAUUCGUGCUUUGCUUAUAGACAUUUCUGGUACUCUGAUGAUCGGCUCGACGCCCACACAAGAAGCAGUUCAAGCGCUUGCUGAGCUGCGGCGCAGUAAAUUCCCGUUCAGGUUUUGUAGCAAUACCAGCAAAGAAUCCACCUCAGUCCUUCAGAAGAGAAUGCUAGAUGCUGGUUUUGACGUGCAAACUGGUGAAUCGCAAGAACUAUGGACGAGCCUUAAGGCCGUACGGAGUCUUAUCCGGACGAGGGGUCUCAAAAGGCCGUAUUUCCUGUUGUCCGAGUCCGCUAAAGACGAAUGCAUUUCCGGAGGACUGUACGAUCAUAGUGCCCCCUAUGACGCGGUAAUUGUGGGCUUGGCGCCUGCGUUGUUCGACUAUGAUCAUCUUAAUUCUGCAUUUCGGAUUCUUGUUGGAGAACAUGAUUCGCAGAAGCGGUGUGGUGAGGAUCCGAAGGCAUCGAUCCCCCUCAUCGCUUUACACAAGGCGAGAUACCUAGAAUCCUCGGGCCAUGGGCUUGUACUUGGUCCAGGACCAUUUGUCACCGCUCUUGAAAAUGCUACAGAAAGGGAAGCGGAGGUGCUCGGCAAGCCAAGUAAAGCUUUCUUCCAAAUGGUGAUUGAGAGCCUCGAUUGUGAGGGUUAUGAUCCUGAAGGAUGCAUCGCCGUGAUUGGCGAUGAUAUCCGAACGGACCUUGGUGGCGGCGCCAUAGACCUGUGUCUGUGGAGGAUCUUAGUGAAAACAGGAAAAUACCGAGCAGGGGAUGAAUGCAGGGAAGGUGUGCAACCUCCCGAUGAGGUCUGUGAUUCGUUUGCAGACUUUGUCGAUAAGUUAUUGUCUGCACAUGUUGCGGAGUGUUUGAAAGAGUAAUUCUAGUGCUUUUUCACUUUAAAUAGGAACUUCAACGCUGGUGCUUUGCUAACGCGGUACCGAUCUGAAGCUCAGAUCAGAAGUGCCGAGCGUGUUUCUGGUGUGGCUUUCUAUAUUUUCAGUUUUUGAGCACAUGGUCUUUGAUACUUGAAAGAUCGUUUUCCCACUGAUCUCGGAUGGGGUUCUGCAUAUCGGGAAAAAUCAUGACCUGGUUGUUGUCAAGAUCGAUAACGCAAUUAACCGCAGCGACAAUCCGGCCAUCCAACCGGCGGCAACCAUGUGCCCUGUCGAUCUUAACGGCGAUUUCCCACAAUGGUAAGAGAAUAUUAAACAUAGCAAGCCACCGCGCCAAUCCGAAAAUCAGU